UGUGCAUUCAGCACCCAGCUUGAGAGUUAUGACUUUGUAAAGCUUCUGUCGACUGGCAUUGUACAGAUCAGCUUCUUUUUGAGUUUUGUUUUUAUUUGAGUGCUUGUUUGUUGUUUUCUGUUUGCUGCAACAAACACAUUUCUUGAUACAGUGUCAUGUCUGACGUUGAGCGCUGUGCAUACAUUAGUCAUAUUUAAACGGAACUGUUGGAGACAGGUUGAAAACUUUAAAGUGCUUUGUAAGCACACAACAGCAGCAACAGACUGUGAACUGCACUGGGGAUUUGAACACAAACGCAUUGUGGAAAAGCUGCUGAACAAACAGCAAGAUCAGCAGCAUCAACACAGCCUUUUGUUCACAAUGUGCCCGUCACUUUGCAGAGGGAUAGCUGGAGUUCAGCAGCAGUGUUUCCCACACUGGCUCUAGACCGUUCUGAUGAGAAUUGCAUCUCUUCGGAUGGCAUUUGUGACGGAUGUACAUGACGAUUCUGUGACGGUAACAUUUGAGAAUAAUUGGCAGCCAGAGAGACAGAUUCCCUUCAGCGAUGUACGAUUCCCUCCACCUUCGGGAUUUCAGAAAGACAUAAGCGAGAGCGAUGAAGUAGAGGUAUGUGCUGUUUAUUCCAGAGCAAAUGACAAAGAACCCUGUGGCUGGUGGCUGGCGAAAGUCAGAAUGGUGAAGGGAGAGUUUUAUGUUAUAGAAUAUGCCGCUUGUGACGCUACCUACAAUGAAAUUGUCACAAUAGAGAGACUGCGGCCCAUCAACCCAAACAAGCCAGCAACGAAAGACACCUUCCUCAAGAUCACAAUGGACGUGCCCGAUGACUUGCGCCAAAUGUGUGCAAAGGAAUCUGCACAUAAAGAUUUCAAAAAGGCAGUUGGAGCAUUCAGUGUAACAUACGAUUCAGAUACAAAUCAGCUGGUUAUUUUGUCCAUCAGUGAGGUGACAAGAAAGCGAGCGACUAUGUUAAGUGACAUGCAUUUCCGAAGCCUGCGCACAAAGUUGUCCCUAAUGAUGAGGAAUGAAGAAGCCAGCAGACAGCUAGAGAGCUCCCGGCAGCUGGCCUCCCGUUUCCACGAGCAGUUUGUUGUGCGAGACGAUCUCAUGGGUCUGGCCAUCGGUACUCACGGGGUCAACAUCCAGCAGGCCAGGAAAGUGCCCGGGGUGACCACCAUUGAUCUGGACGAGGAGACCUGCACUUUCCAUAUCUACGGAGAGGACCAAGAAGCAGUAAGAAAAGCCAGAAGUUAUUUGGAAUUUUCUGAAGAUGCGAUAAAAGUACCAAAGAAUUUAGUAGGAAAAGUUAUUGGGAAAAAUGGAAAACUCAUUCAAGAGGUCGUGGAUAAAUCCGGAGUAGUUCGGGUUCGAGUUGAAACUGAGAAUGACAAAAAAAAUCCACAAGACGAAUUACUGCAGGGCAUGGUAUCAUUUGUGUUUGUUGGAACAAAGGACAGCAUCUCCAAUGCACAAGUUCUUCUGGACUAUCACCUCAAUUACUUAAAGGAGGUGGACCAGCUCCGUCUGGAGAGGCUACAGAUUGAUGAGCAGCUGAGACAGAUUGGGGCAGGGGGCUCCAGACCCCCAGCAAGCCGCUCUGAUAAGGACAAGACUUUCAGUGCUGACGAGGGCGUGGGUCCAGCCCGUGGAGGAAAGCCCUACAGUGGGAGGGGCCGUGGUAGACGUGGGCCGAGCUACGCAUCAGGCACCAACUCUGAAGCCUCCAAUGCAUCUGAGACUGAGUCUGAUCACCGGGACGAACUUGGCGACUGGUCACUGGCGCCAGCGGACGAGGAGAGAGACGGCAUCCCUCACCGUGGUGACGGCCGCAAGCGGGGAGGGGGGGGCAGAGGCAGAGGAGGCCGAGGCCGGGGAGGGUAUAAAGGAAAUGAAGAAAUGCAGUGGAAUGAAACGCGGCAGCGCAACUCUAAAGACCCCAAACCCAGGCCUCCAGAAGACUCUCUGCAGAUCAGAAUUGACAGCAACAAUGAAAGGAGUGUGCACACUAAAGCAUUCCACGGUCCCUUCAAUGAGGGCGACAGCAAUGGCAACAACCGGCCGCGUCCAGGCAGGGAGCGCGCGCUGAAGAAGGACAAGACCGAGACAGAGGCAGGCAGGGAGUGCGCUCUGAAGAAGGAUAAGACCGAGACAGAGAGCCCGCGGGUGCUGCUGAACGGAGUGUCGUAGAGGCUCUUAUCUGUGUCACGAGUUCUGUAAUGUUUCAUUAAUCCAGAAGCUUCUUCAUUAGAGAAAGGUGUUAGGCCAAAGAGAAUCGGAUCGGGUAGGGCUGUCUCAAGACAUGAAAUAAGCACACCGUUUAAUUGUGUUCAAACAUUUAAUUACUUUUUGCAGCAGGUACAGAGGGUGAGUUUGUUUGUGUUUUUAGAUUUUUUUUCGCUGUGAUUAUAGGGGUGAUGCUGCAGAGUUUUCUACAUGAAUUUCUAGAAUACUAUAUCAGUAAAAUACAGCAUGUCGGCUUUUAUUAUCUAAAGCUAAAGUACAAAAAGCAUACACUCUUUAAAUCCGAUCAUUGCUGUUGUCUGUGCAUUGUGUAACUUCACAACGCUAUUUUACACCCUUUCCACGUGUAAUUAAUUGAGAAGCGCUUCAUGACACUGUUCACAUGCCAUGAUACUGUUCAUCGUACCACCACCAUGGCACAUGUGUUUCAUGUCCUGUGUCACCUGUGGUCCACGUAGUCUGUUGUGGACCGUGUUACAAUGUGAUGUAACAGCUGUCGCAUCAUUCCUCAAAUCAAAUCCUGAAUGAUCUGUGCCUUUUUAAUAUAGCUUGGAUGGUAACUUUGUUAUUGGUGGAUGUAUAAAUCAGGGAAGAAUUAGAAAACACUAAUGUAAUAUACUUGUAUGUAGAGAACUUGUUCAACCAUAAAACAAUCUUUCUUGAAGAGUGCAUGCUUUUCCUAUUUUUUUUUUUUUUUUUAAACAAAAUAAAAAAGCAUCCAUCAAGGCAGCAGAAUCUUCUUAUUUUUGCACUGAAGUCUUAUACAAUACUGUUAUAAAAAGAGGGAAGGUUUUUUUAGUUUUUGUUUUUCUAUUUUUUUUUUUUUUUUCAAGCUGGAAUACUGUCCCCUUUGGGAAUUAGAAAGGGGAGUUGUGUAACGCUAAAGCAAAUCUGCCUCCCAGUGUUAUGGUUUGGAAGUGAUGCAUUCAGAAAAAUGUAUGAAAGUCAGCCGCUAAGCAUAAAUACUUCCCAUUUAUGUGUGACGUUUUGUCCCAGUUUGUUUCCAAGGGUGAUUGUUGGACAUUUCAUAGGAACUACUUCUUAACUGUGUAUUAUCUUAUGAUAAUUUGUGUAUCAAAAUAAAAGCAGCGGGGGAAAUGUUAUGUAGCUCAUCAUUCCUCAUUUAAAGGCGUUGUCCUACACUGCUUUUGUGAGUGUAAGAAUGAAGCCCAAUUCCCAUUACCCCUGGUAGUGUAAGAAUGAGAAAGAUCAGGACUGCCUGGUUCUAUUGCACCCCAUUAGUGUUUCUCAACAAGAAAUUGUUCAGUGGUGCACUGCUUAGGCAGCGGGACUGUCGUCUCAAGAGCAGGAGGACAGGGAUAUAUUCAGCUUUAUUCAAAUUAUUAACAGGAGCACUUCUUCCUAGUUCAUUGGGACUGACAAUGUACAGUUGUUUUCAUUGACCAACAGUAAUGUUUUGAGGUAGGUAGCCUGAAGCCUUAAGGUCAUUAUAAGAUGCACUGUGACAUUUAAAAGUGAUGUUUUAUAUACUGUAUAGAAUAACUGCAAUUUGUAAAAGUAGUCUGGCUUUGGGUUGCACUACGACACUUAAAAUCCUGAUCCUGUGGUUGUAUUUGGUUGAUAGCACUUGCCCAGCUCAUAAAUACUGCAAUGCCACCUGGCAUGAUUUUCCUCUUGUUUUACUAAUUUGUUACUUGGAUUUCAUAUGCACAAGAUUGCCGAUUUAAAUGUUGCCAGCAUCAUGAUAGGGAUACAAAACAAAUAAUAAUAAAACAAAGUUUUCCUUGAGUAGGAUUUUUCGGCACUGGGAAACAAUAAAUCUAGCCUUUUAUUUAGUGACAUGCAGUUUUUGUGUUUUUAAUUUUAAAUAUGUUUUACAUACAAAAAAAAAAAGAAACAUUUUACUUUUUUAAAAUGAAUAAAAGUUUGUGUAACUUCUGCAGCAGCCUAUAAGGGAGUAAUCUAUCUUGAAAGCUGGUAUUGUGUUCUCAGUGUGGUUUCAAUAUUGCGCAUGUUCUGUCUGUGCUCCCACCGUUACCCCACAUCACCACUUUGUCAGUAACACUGAAGCACAAAAACAAUGAAACAUUGGAACUGCUACUGCCUCCUGGUGCUCUGCUGCUAUUUUUGGAUAAUACAAAUAUUCUGGUAUCAAGUUUAAGGCAUGUGAAAAUGCUACGUGUAACAAUAUAUUAUUUCUGAUUAAGUACUUUAAAUGAACUUCACCCCGUGAGCCUCUCACAUGUUUACUGCACAGGUCCAGAUGUGGGGAAGUUUGUAAAGCCAGUGGCUUUGUAAAGUUUUAGAAUCUAUUUUCGAUUUCUGUGCAUCCAGCGGAAGUAGUGUAAGAUAUAUUUACCAUUCUUUAGUAUCUCUUUAGAUUCAAUGCACUUCUUGUCUGUUUCAAACCUUGGUAUUUAUUAUUUUUAUUUACCAGAUGCAUAGGAAAACAAUACAUUUGGGUUUGCUGUAUUGCAGUUGCGUACCUUUACUCAGUAAUUAAGCGGUGCUAUGUUGUAAAGAAUAUAUAUUGGGCAAAUUCAGUGUCUGGGCUACUGAAUCCCAUGUGUGUCGCCACUUUCGUGUAAAAAUAACCCUGAUUGUUUAUUCCUGGUAUUAUUAUUAUUAUUAUUAUUAUUAUUAUUAUUAUUAUUAUUAUUGGAUCAGAUGUAUUAAAUAACCAUAAAUGAAAUGUUGCAGCAGACUGCACUGUUUAACAAGACUUCAAAUGUCUUCAAAGUGUUGCCAAACAACCAUGAUUUCUAGUUAUUUAUUUGGGGAAUGUAUAGUGGAAAUGAAAAAAUAAUAAGAAUAUGUUUCUUGUAGCCAUUAUUGUAGGCUGUUGUGGUUUAAUUUUUUUUUUAUUAUUUUUUUUUUAAUACUGUAGAUAAUUAACCAAGUUAGAUUGGCCUUGUUUGUAGCUGCACUUGGGGCAAUAUUUUUCUCUGUACAUAGUAGCUGAACAGAUUGCUUUUAUGUUGACAUCGUUUGGUUAUAGUGCAAUAUAUUUUGUAUGCAAGCAGUUUCAAUAAAUAAAGGUUGAUCUUCCUCUGCUAA